GCUUUCCUCUGUACGGGGAGGGGGGGGGGGGCUUAUGAGAGUGGUCACUUUGGAAGGCGGUCCCACAGAGUCCAAUUUGCACACAAACGGGCCCCCGGCCGGUUCAUGCGAGGAUAGAGACCGUCCCAAGCUGAACUCCUCCGCGUUAGCGUUAAUAGCGCGGCUGAUUAUAUUAAGUGACAUAACACAGAAGAGAGCAUCUUCAGCGAUCGAGAGCACAUCUUCCCGAACCGGCACCGAAUUACCAUCACAGGUCGCACUGUUGUUGCAGUUUGACUCCAAGCUGAGCUUUGACUUGGUGGUACAUUCUCAAUGUUUGAGGUGUCCCAGGAGAUGAGGGUGCAGCAGGAUGUAGCUAUGGUCCACACCCUGGAGUCCUCAGGAGAUGGAGAGGGAGUACCUCUUUCCUUUCCAGAUGAUACCAUGUCCGUCCUCACCUCCAGCAACCUGUUGGCCCGCUCCCUGCUGGGCCGCACCGCUGCCGUCAAGCGCAAAGAAAGUCCCUCGUCCAGCAUCCGGCGCAAGCGUGAGUUCAUCCCGCUUGAAAAGAAAGAUGAAGGCUACUGGGACAAGAGGAAGAAGAACAACGAGGCGGCGAAGCGUUCGCGAGAAAAGCGACGUGUGAACGACAUGGUUUUGGAGAGUCGCGUUCUGGCCCUGCUGGAGGAGAACACUCGCCUCCGGGCCGAACUGUUGGCUCUCAAGUUCCGAUUUGGUUUGGUGAAAGACCCGUCCAAUGCGUCCAUCCUGCCCCUCUCCGCGGCUCUUCCACACAUCCCUCCGAGUGCGACUCCCCACUAUUAUCUUCUUAACUCCUCAUCCUCACACACCAACAACCAGACAGGUCAGCUGAGUGGGCGGGGCUCCAGAGAUGGUGGCAACCUGUCGGAAGACUCAGGGUUCUCCACUCCGGGUGGGUCCAGCGUGGGCAGCCCAGUCUACUUUGAAGACCGGCUAAGCGACCAUGGGAAAUCCUCGCCACACAGAGCAGAGGAUAUGACCUUAGACAUCUACCACUCCUCUGCCGAUGCCCACCACACCAAGGUGGACCAAGCUGAGGCUAUGAAGAACCUCCCCCAUAAGCUGCGUUUCAAGACGCCCGGUAACGGUGAAGCGGGUGACGCGGUAGGUGAUCCCAACAGCACUCGACGCAGCCCAGCACCUCCUACAACAGAGGGUCCGCGAGAGACCCCAAAAGCCCAAGAACUGAAUGGGGGAGAAACAGGAGACGGGCACUCGGGCCCUUGGCUUCCUCUGCAAGCUGAUGUGGGCAGGAGGGGGAGACAGUCGCCCCAGUACGCCACCUCACCCUUAAACUACAACCUGCAGCCUCCUGCUCAAGGGCACACAGAAGUCAAGCAUCAGCAUGAGAACAACUACCUGAAGUCGCAGCUUAGCUCUUUGAGCAAGGAGGUGGCUCAGUUGAAGAAACUUUUCACAGAACAGCUGAUGGCCAACGUCAACUGAGAACUCUCCUUGUCAAUAAGAUGUUGCUGAAAGAGGACAUUUUACUCGCUGAACUGAAACCUCUAACAAUGUGAUGUUUUGUUUUUCAAAUAAUGUAUAUAUUUUUUUGUAAUAAUAUAUAUUUCUCAUAGUCUGCUGUUUAGGUUGCACGACCCAGGCGUGGAGCUUCCGACUUGUGUCAGAUGUACAGUGUUCCCUCGCUAUUUACUGUGGCUUAGGGACCGACCUCGAGCGCAAAUAGCGAAAUUCCGCGAGUAAAUGACACCCGCCCUCCCAAAACCUUUUAUGAUUGCCUUAUAGAUGCUACCAGAUGGCAGCAACAUAAUACUUAAAUAACUUUGGCCUGAUCACGAAAACAGUAAAUAGCUGAGUUUCUCAGCAAAUAAUGAGGAUGGCUUCCAAAGAAAAAAACUUUUUACAAUUUGCAAAUGUUGAACCACGAAUAUGCGGGGGUUCACUGUUCCUUAAUUUCUGUAUUCCAAUGCACUGUGACAACUAAAGACAACAUAUAACAUUUUCAGCAGGCAUUUUAACACAUGAUAAGCGAAAAGGUUAGUAGUUCUUACUUCAUAUGAUUGCAUAAGCUUUGCACUGUUGAGGCAUGUCAGCUUAAUCGUGAACAUAUAGUAGGUAGGAAGGUAUAGGUGCACACAAAAUCGAGGUAAACUUAGAAAAACUCACUACUCUCAAAAUGUUUAUCAACACGUACUAGCUUUCCUUUCAAGCAAAACCUCUAGUGGGGCACUGUUACUGUCUUUUUUUUUUGUCCACUUCUGUGUCCAUGCUGCGCUUGAAUGGUGUAUUGUGUAUAUUUUGAUUUCAACUGAAAUAAAUAUUUGACAGAGUCAAUAAAAUUGGAUUAUUAUGUUCAGGA